UACAUCCGCCGUCGACGAUUCCGAUCCUGUCUCUAUAUAUAUGACUUCUCUCCUUGGUCUACAGCCGUCCGAUCUCCCCUAUAAAAUCUCAUCCCUUGAUUCCUCCUCCCGGAGAGCGCGAUGAUGAAGCGCCAGAGGAAUGGGGAGAUCUGGGAGUUCGAGCUCGAGAUGCCGAUGACAGCUGGCGCUCCGUCUGAGGUCAUCCUCGGCCUCGACGGAGGUACGACCUCGACGGUCUGUAUAUGCAUGUCGGUACCGCCCGCGACGGACAGUCUCCCGGACCAUCCCCCCAUCCUCUCACGGUCCGUCGCGGGAUGCUCCAACCACAACAGCGUCGGAGAAACUGCAGCAAGAGAGACGCUAGAGCAGGUCAUGGCAGAAGCCCUUCUGAAAUCUGGUUCUAAUCGCUCUGCUGUUCGAGCCGUCUGUUUAGCAGUGUCCGGUGUCAAUCAUCCUACAGAUCAGCAGCGGAUACUCAGUUGGCUAAGAGAUAUCUUCCCAAGUCAUGUCAAGUUAUUCGUUCAAAAUGAUGCCGUGGCAGCUCUAGCGAGUGGGACGAUGGGAAAGCUCCAUGGUUGCGUUUUAAUUGCAGGUACGGGGAGCAUCUCUUACGGGUUCACGGAAGAUGGAAGGGAAGCUCGAGCUGCGGGUGCAGGGCCCGUCUUAGGUGAUUGGGGAAGUGGCUAUGGAAUUGCUGCACAGGCGUUGACUGCCAUAGUGAGGGCUCAUGAUGGUCGUGGCCCACAAACAAUGCUUACAUCUAGUAUUCUACACAAGCUUGAGCUUUCCUCACCAGAUGAAGUUAUCGGGUGGACCUACGCAGAUCCAUCGUGGGCACGUAUUGCAGCCCUUGUUCCCGUCGUAGUGUCUUGUGCUGAAUCUGGCGAUGAAGUUGCAAAUAAGAUUUUAGUGGAUUCUGUUGAAGAGCUAGCUGCGAGUGUGAAAGCUGUUGUUCGGAGACUUGGUUUGUGUGGUGAAGAUGGAAAGAAUUCUUUCCCACUUGUCAUGGUAGGUGGUGUUCUUGAAGCUAAUAAGAAGUGGGAUAUUGGGACAGAAGUUAUAAACUGCAUUUCCAAGGACUAUCCCGGUGCUUGUCCGAUUCGACCCAAGGUGGAGCCUGCUGUGGGAGCAGCGUUGCUGGCCUGGAACUUCUUGGGGAAAGAAUCCAAAGGUCGCAUCGGAAGCUGACACGGACUGAUUUCGAAUUUCACGUGUGAAAACGUCGAGUGUACAGGAGGAUGCCAGUGAGAAAUGGGAACAAAAAAAGAAAAGAAAAGAAAAAAAAGAAGAUUAGGAAACAAGACAAGGUAAAGAUUUUUUUGAUUUACCAUUCAAGUAGAUUUAUUGCCCGACGAAAUUUGUAUGCUGGCUUACUUCCAUACCGUUUCUUAACUUGUAUUAUUGUUUUCAGAAUCUGUUUAAGAUGUUAGAAGGGAAAGAAGAUAGAAAAGCCUACGUGUUUGUUGGGUAGUUUGUGAUUGUUCUCAAGUUUCAAA